GAGAGAAGCUGCGGCGGGAAAGAAAGAAUGGCCGGCGGUGGGGAGGGAGGCCCUUUCCGUUUCCGCCCCGCCGUGGUCCGCUACGCGGCGGACCAUCCCUUCUUCGAGGUAGGGAGCCUCCUUGCUCUGCCUUCCUUCCGAGCUGGGGUCGGCCUGCCUGGGAAGAGAGCCGCCGCUUUUCUUCCCCGCGCCUGAAGCGAUGGCUGUAAAUGCUGUUCUCUUCCUCUCCAGGAUGGCGACGUCCACCGGCAUAUGUACCUCCAAGGUCUCCUGGAGAAUGUCACGAGGGACACGGAAAGGCCCAGGUGAAGAUUGGGGAGAGGUGCCUCCUCCUUUCCUAACCUCUGAAUUUUCUUGCCAAAUUGGUGGAUGCAGCCAGGUUUUCAACACCUUGGAGAGUUUUGAGCAUCAUUACAACAUGCUGCACAGGAAUGUGUGUUCUUCUUGCAAAAGAGCCUUCCCUUCAACACAUUUGUUAGAUGUUCACAUUUUGGAGUGGCAUGAUUCCCUCUUCCAGAUAAUGGCAGAGAAGCAGAAUAUGUACCAGUGUUUGGUAGAGAGCUGUCCAGAGAAAUUCAAGAGCAGCAAAGACCGCAAGGAACACUUAAUCACAGUUCAUCAGUAUCCAUCUAAUUUUCGCUUUGAUAAAUCUCUGAAAGCACAAAGGAAAGAGAAAAUGAGGCCUUCAUCAAAAGAAAGCAAUGUACCAAUGGAUAUGACUCUGGAAGACUCAGAACAAUCACAUGCUGAGGCCAUGGAAAUAGGUCCAGAUGAAAGUAUAAUGGAAAGUGACUUUCAGUCUGAGUGUACAGAGUGUACUGUGGACUCUCCAGCUUUUGGAAAACGCCAAUAUAGAUCAAGGUUGGUGGCUUUGCUUUUUUCAGUUGGCUUGGAAUCACCUUUUGGUAUGAACAUCUGCCUGACUUUGCACGGAAAAAUCUAUCUCUUCAAGAAUUAGAAUAAUUUUGGUCAC